CAUUGUUUCUCUGCAGCAUUAACCACAUUCCACAGAGGCGCAGCGCAACCCGUCUCCCUCCCCGCAUUCCUCUUUGCGCAAACGAGUCCCCCGCGCAAAGCACAUUUAACUCGAUUUUUUUGCACACCUGCUGCCCUCGGAUUUAUAUCACAAGCCAUUCUGAGCCGGUAUGCGUUUGUCCAUCUUAAUUUGAUCUAUCGUCGUGGGUCGGUGAGGGAAAUUCAGAAGCAAAAAAAAAAAAAAAAAACAAACAAGGAGAAAUUCCUCCGCGCAGCGCGCCAUUGACUGUAAAGACCUUUCAACUUAACAAAAACUGAAGUUGACAAACGUAUCCCUGUCGGCUGAAACUGUGAGAAAGAGUUUUUCCUCGGAGAAGAGCUUGAAGCAGGAGAAGACGAUGCGGCGCACAGUGGAGAGUUCCGUUGGAGGUUUUUAUUAAAAAAGAGAGAGAAAAGACGCGAAGGCUGCGAGCGGCGUUUUUUAUUUUGAUUUCCAUGUGAAGCAAAGUCGCCGCUCCGCGCUGCUCGCUAGUUCGGAGCGCUUCUCCCCCCACAACUUGUCCGCGACAUGGAGCACUACCAGGAGGAUCUGGGACUCCGCGCCACCAAACUGAUGGAGGAUCUCUCUUUAUACGACGCGUAUCAAGACGGGAUGUUCAGCGCGAGGAGAGACCUGGUGAUUAACCCCGAUUUGGAGCCCAAAAGUAAGCCGAUGAACGGCACCUCCGUGCUCCAGCAGCAGCAUCACACCGUGGAGAAUUUCACGUCUGGGAAUAAAGUGUACACGGCGGCUCCGGUGCGCCCGGUGAGCUGCACCCGGACGGUUCCCGUGGAUUUCUGCGCCCCUCAGAGAGACGGCGAGGACGGCGGCUGCUGCACCAAAUCCGAAGUGGCCCUGCCGUGCUACACGGGCGCUUCCGAUAGGCACAGGAGGUACUCUCUGGAGGUGCAGGGCCACAGGUACAGCACCGGCUCCGCCUUCGACGGCGUGCCUCUCAACAAGCCGGUGCCGGCGCCCGGCAACAGGUGCAACAGCCUGUGCAUAACCACGAGCCAUGACGGGAGAUACACCGCCACCAGCCCGCGGUCCAGCCUGGCGUCUUCACAGGAGCAGAGCAAGCACGCCAGCCCGAGAUCGAGCAUCAGCAGCCCGCGAUCGAGCCUGGUGGUGCCGGGUCAGGACAGGUAUACGAGCCCCAGGUCUAGUUUGGUCCACUGUGAGGGCAGCAGCGCGCCCAGUCCCAGAUCCAGCUAUGCAAGCACGGCGAGUGACACCAGCAAGCACUCCAGUCCGCGGGCCAGUCUCAACAGCUGCGACUGCUGCAGCAAACCCAGCAGCAACCGCACCAGCGGCAUCAGCAUGGGGUACGACCAGAGGCAUGCCAGCCCGAGGUCGAGCACCGCCAGUCAGUACUCCUUCACUACUAGCCCCAGAUCCAGCUACUCGGACUCGCGAUACGGGCCCGUGGUCAACCACGACCUGGAAGGGGCGAUUCUCCACGCGGCGCCGCUGGCCAGCCCACGAUCGAGCAUUUGCAGCCAGGACGGGAGCGCACGGCCCGGCACGACGGCUAACUGCGUGGCGAGUCCGCGCUCCAGCAUCUCCAGCCACAGUUCCAGAAGCUCUCGCAGCUCCAGGGGGUCUAUGAGCACCUACCCGGAUCUGCAGCUGCCCUCGCCCAGGUCGUCUAUGCUGGGGAGCAGCUUGCACGAGGACGCGCUGCUGCAGGAGUUUGGAGACUCCAACGGCGUCCAAAGUCGGAUCCAACUCCAAGGGCCGUCGGCGGCGGCGGAUCCACAGCAGCAGCAGUCAUCCCAGACUGGAGGGUCUGCGGGUUCGCCGUCGUCAUUUAAUUACGGAGUGACAUCCAAAACCGGUCAGAGGUUUAAACUGCCUUAUCAGGUGACCCCGAGCCGGGAGAGCGGCCAGAGCCAGGCGGAGAGACGGCUGGAGGCACUGACGCUGGAGCUGGAAAAGGAGUUAGAGAUGCACAUGAAAAAAGAAUACUUUGGUAUCUGUGUCAAAUGUGGGAAGGGUGUGUAUGGAGCGAGUCAAGCUUGCCAGGCCAUGGGGAACCUGUACCACACAAAUUGCUUCACUUGUUGCUCCUGCGGGAGGAGGCUGAGGGGCAAAGCCUUUUAUAACGUCAAUGGCAAAGUCUACUGCGAGGAGGAUUUCCUGUACUCUGGCUUUCAGCAGACAGCAGAGAAGUGCUUUGUGUGUGGUCACCUCAUCAUGGAGAUGAUCCUACAGGCACUGGGCAAGUCCUACCAUCCCGGCUGUUUCCGCUGUGUGGUUUGUAAAGAGGGUUUAGAUGGCGUGCCUUUCACUGUGGACGUUGAUAACAAUAUCUACUGUGUCAAAGACUAUCACACGGUUUUUGCCCCCAAGUGUGCCUCAUGCAACCAGCCCAUCCUCCCAGCUCAGGGCUCUGAGGAGACUAUUCGGGUUGUUUCUAUGGACAAGGAUUACCAUGUGGAGUGUUACCACUGUGAGGACUGUGGUCUCCAGCUAAAUGACGAGGAGGGUCACCGCUGUUAUCCACUGGAAGGUCACCUGCUUUGCCACAGCUGCCACAUACACCGACUCCAGUCCCAGGUCCCUGCCCGCCCGCCGCCGAGCUACCCUCUUCAUGUUACUGAACUGUAAGAACGAGAGGCUGGGCAUCAACCAGGCUACGCAUCAAGCUCUGCCUCCCGGGGGACCUGUCAGAGCCAGAUGGACCCAAAUCCUGCGGGCUUGCCCUUCCAGUAGUUCUAGGGAAGCCUCUGCUGCCUUUGUCCUCAGCCGGGCGGCCAGGUCGUGGACUUACACACAAAGUGCAGCUCCCACGACUAGCCCUACCAUCACAUGAUGGGCCUGGGGAAAAGAAAGGGAGAAAAAAACGGAUUCCCUCCCUCUCAGUCUGUAGUUUAUUCUUACCCCUUCCCUUUGGGCGCCUACACCCCAGCUCGCCCAGAAACCCCCUUGUGACGACACACCUCUUGACCCCUGCACAUUCAUCAAAACAAGGGUUUUGGCUCAGAAGAGAAAAUGCAAACUGCUCUCUCUCCUUAUGCCCAUGCCUUUCUUCAAAUUACUUGUUAUUCAUUCCUGGACUUAUAGUGAAGUGGUUUACCACAAAGAAUUCACCAGUGCUGUCACAACUGAGAACGUUGCUGUUUCUGAUGUCACGUAGGCCAGAGAACAAGCCGACGCAGUUGGUGCAGGGCGCGCGGUGCCUUCAGGAUCGGCUCUGUCGGCAGCUUCAGACACUUAAAACAGAGCCCUGCUAAAGGCUAUGCAAAA